GCGGCGCGCGAGACGAGUCACUAUAGUGUGUAUGCGUAUAUACUUACGUUCCUCCUAAAGAUCGCGUGUGCUCGCGUUACAAUCAAAAGGGAUACUCCGUGGGUUGUGUGCACCUUUUUUUUGUUGAAUUUACCAUCGUCCUUUUGUUCGUGUGGCACCGAUGGUCAACCUCUGCUAACAAUCGGACCUCUGCGACGUUGACUCACCGGAGGAGCGCAAGCGAUGGUCAGCCGCGGUCCAUGUCCCUCGAGAUAGGACUCGGUCCAGCCACCUUUAGCCCCCCUCAAGCUCUUCUCAUCGCGGGUUGGUUGGAACAAGGCGAGGGUAGCGCAUCAGGAGCCAUCCACGCAGCGGAACAGUGAGUAAAAUGGACAUAGAGACAGGGGCCGUGCUGGCCCUGCAGAUCCUCGCCCUGUGCUCGAUAGUGGCGGCCCUGUUGGCCUACCUGAUGCGCCAGACGCGCAGUGCGAGCGUCGACGCCGAGAUGUACGGCAAGCGCCACGUCCUCGUCACCAGCUGCGACACCUGCAUUGGCCUCCAGCUCGCCCUCGCUUUGUCCGAGGCCGGGUACAAGGUAUUUGCUGGACUACUGGAGCCCAACGGCAACUCGCACGCCGUGAAAAUUUUGCGAGCCGUGGAGCAACAGCGCAAGAGAGCCAAGGACCUUGAAAGCGUCGAGGACUCACCACCUCUGGAGUCACGAGCGACUGGCCAGAUCGUCCUUCUGGAGCUGGAUUCGACACGCGAGGACAGUCUGCACGCCGGCCUUGACGCUAUCAGAGCCAAACUUCCUGCUGGAGAAGAUGGAUUGUGGGCAGUGAUGCACACGGGUGGUUUGGCCCUGCCAGGAAUCAUCGAGAGGCAAUCGAGCUCCGCCUGGGAAUCAAUGCUCCGCCACAACUUGGUUGCACCCCUGCGCACGGCUCGUGUCUUCAUUCCGCUUUUGCGCGCCAAGAGAGGUCGUAUAAUAUUGUUGGGUGACUCGGAUUACGCGACCAAAGCUGGAUCGGGCCUUGUGGCGUUCAGUGCCUCCCGCAAAGCAGUCGAGGGUGCAGCCGAGGCACUCAGAGCCGAGCUUGCCUCGUCCGGCGUCGAUGUCGUCCUGCUCAAGCCACCGAUCGUCAAUCCCUUGACUCUCUACGCACCUCCUACUCUUCAGGCGUGCAGUAAAGAAUCGACGAUAGAUUCAACGGAGGGGACUUGGGUGGCGCCAUUGUCAGCCGAAUCGGUCAAGCAGUCCCUCAUCCCGGCGUUAACCUCCACCUGUCCUUAUCAGUGUUAUGACAUGAGCAAAAAAUCAAAGCUAAUCUUCUGUCGAUAGAUGAUGAAUGGAGAAAGAAGGAAAUGGAUCCUCUUCUUUUCUGAUUCUUGAUAUGUCGCACAAACGACGGACUUUGCGAUCCUAACAAAACUCUUUGUAACAUAUGUAAUUAUGUAUGUAAGAUUAAGUCUUUUUUGUACCUAAUACUUUAAAUAUAUUGUC